AUGUCUACCGUCGCGGACGAAUUACUCAACGAUUUUGGUAGCUCGGGUGACGAGGCCGAGGAGCUGGAAAAUGGCCUCGACACCACAAACGGCGACCCCAUGGACGAGGAUGGUGUCGAGAUCAAGGCAGAGGAUGAAGACAUGGACGAUGAAGCGGCAUCCAAAGCCAAAAUCGAAAAAAUGCAGCUUGGUGCUGUGAAAGACGUACGCAGCGUGGCCAGCUUGAUGGCGACGUUGGAACCAAUCCUAGAGAAAAUCAAGCAGUACCAGUCACAACCAGCCACGCAAUCGAAUGUCGGAAACAUUGAGGAUCAUCCCGAAUACCACCUCCUAACGCAGUCAAACAGCCUAUCGACGCAGAUUGACGGCGAGGUGGCGCUGGUGCACAAGUUCAUUCGCGACCACUACUCGAUACGUUUCCCCGAACUCGAGCGACUCGUCACAACACCGCUGCAAUAUGCGCAGGUCGUUUCCAUAAUAGGCAACUGCCCUAUGGACUCGGAAAGCGUAAAAGCGCUGCAGACGUCGACAAAUAACCCACUGGGCAUGGGUCUCAAAGCUGUGCUGGAUGGACCGUCGCUCAUGAUUGUUACUAUUGAAGCUACGACAUCAAAGGGACAGGAAAUGGCGCCUGGGGAACUUGCAAUAGUGCGCCAGGCAUGCGACAUGAUGAUUGCGCUACACACGGCCAAGACCAUCUUGACGGACUACGUGCAGUCACGCAUGAACAUCUUUGCGCCGAACCUGACUGUGCUCAUCGGGUCGCUCACUGCGGCGCAACUACUCAACGCAGCUGGCGGACUAACUGGACUCUCCAAGACACCAGCCUGCAACCUGCCGUCAUGGGGGUCCAAGAAGCGCCAUGCCGGUCUAGCGACAAACAUUGGUGUGCGCCAACAAGGUUUCCUAUACAACUCAGAGAUUAUUCAGGGUAUCCCUAAUGAUUUGAAGAAGCAAGCGAUGCGGAUUGUUGCGGCGAAGCUCGUUCUAGCCGCGCGCGUCGACCGCAUUCAUUCAAGCCCCGACGGAUCUACGGGCGACAGUCUCAAGGGACAGUGUCUAGAGCGGCUGGAGAAGCUCACAGAGCCGCCACCGAACAAGGGAGCGCGCGCUCUGCCAGUUCCCGACGACAAGCCAUCGCGCAAGCGCGGUGGACGCCGGGCGCGCAAGGCCAAGGAGGCACUCGCGAUGACGGAGCUGCGACAGGCGCAAAACCGGAUGGCGUUUGGCAAGGAAGAGCGCGAGGUGGGCUACGGCACGGGCUCGGGCACCGUGGGACUAGGCAUGAUUGGGCAGGCUAACGACGGUCGGAUCCGCGCGAUGCAGGUCGACCAGCGGACGCGCGCCAAGCUAAGCGCCAAGAACAAGGGCUGGGGCACGGCGAGCACGGUGGGCGGAGGUGCGGCGUCGUCCAUCAGCGGGUUCGGGCAGACCAACAGCAUGGACCUGCGCGGCAAGGGCCUGCGGAUGUCGGGCGUGGGCAGCACGGUGGGCGGCCCGGGAGCGGGCACGGCCUCGUCGCUGGCGUUUACGCCGGUACAGGGUCUGGAGCUGGUGGCACCAAAGAUGCAGGCGGAUCUGAGCAAGAAGCGCAAGGCAGAGGAGGACCGAUGGUUCCAGGGUGGAACAUUUACGCAGCUGAGCUCCAGCGGCGCAGCAGGAUCAUCAAAUGGUUUCAAGAUUCCGGAGCUGCCAGCGUCGAAGCGGCAGAAUACGGGGGCGGGCAGCAUGGCGCCACCGCCGAGGAAGUGA